AUGUCGAAGCAGAAGUAUAAGCCUCAGAGAAGCAGCCAGCUACUAAGGAUAGAGAGCGACGUGGAAGAUCUUUGGUCCGUGGUCAACGGAAUCAACAACCUUCCCAUCCGUCAACACGGAGUCAACAACCACUACGUGUACAAGGACAUCAUCGUUGACUCGCCCGACCAGACGAACCUUCCCAGCAGCGUCGACAUCAUGGCGGAGCUAACGGGCAUACUGCAGCGUGCCGAGUGGGGCGAAUACGAACGGCUGAUGGACGCCCACGUGGACACGUUCAACGCGCCCAACGGCCUGGAUGCAGCAAGCAGCAGCGGUGGCGGCGACGGCGGCCGCGGCAGCGGCGGCAGCAAAGAGAGGGACAUGGGGGAGGCCCUUCCUGUGUUCCAGCGUGAUGCACUGAGGAGACGACUCCAGUAUCAACAACACCAGCAGCCCCACAGGCGCCAGUUGCAGCGGCACUUGCAGGAGCAAGAGAUGCAGGGGCAAGAGACACUGGGGCAAGAGACGCAGGGGCAAGAGACGCAGGGGCAAGAGGGGGAGGGGCAAGAGGGGGAGGAUCAACUGGGGGAGCAGGGGCAAGUGGCGGAGGGAGGGGGAGGGGCAAGAGGGGGAGGGGCAAGAGGGGGAGGGGCAAGAGGGGGAGGGGCAAGAGGGGGAGGGGCAAGAGGGGGAGGGGUAAGAGGGGAGGAUCAACAGGUGGAGCAGGGACAAGUGGGGGAGGGGGAAGAGGCGGGUGGGGAAGAGGCGGAUGUGGAAGAGGGGGUUAGGGAAGACGCGGAUGGUCAAGAGACGGAUGGGCAAGAGACGCUGGUGGUAAUCAUCUUCUAA